AUGGUCCGGGGCAUCGAAGGCAACGAGAUGUCAACUCCGAAGCCCCCCACGCUCAAGAAAGCCGCCUCCGCCUCGCAGUCUGCCAAAAGCCAGAAGUCCAUCUUGGGCUUCUUCCAGAAGAAGACGGAUACUGGCUCCAGCCCUGCUCCCGCCUCCUCACCACCAGACCCCACUCCUGUGAAGAAGGAGACGCUGUCAUUAAGCAGCAAGAAGAUCUUAUCCGUCCGUCGGACCGCCACAGCGGCAUUGACGCCGGCCCCGAGCAGCGACCCCCCAGAACCAUCCAGUCCCGUCUACAGUGAGACCGAAGCUGGGAGAGGGAAGAACAAGGAGAAUGGUCUGCCAUCUCCAGGAAAAAAACCCGUGAGCUACGCCGAAUCCGACGACGAAGAUGACGAGGUCUUCCAACCAAUAUCUGCAAACGCCAGAAAAGGCCGGGCUACAAAACGGAGGCGUGUCAGUCUGGAGGACUCGGACGACGAGUUUGGUGUGGAUGCAGCUACGGAGGAGGCUAUGCUAGAAGGUAUGUUAACUAAAAACAUGGAAGAUUUCAUUGUCCCUGACGACUCAGACGAAGAUGCUGUUGUCCCGCAGAAGCGCAAGCGCCAGCCUGCUAAGCAAUCGCGAAGCAAGUCAUCGCCUCUGCCGGCACCACCUCCCCCAGCGGACGAUGACAACGAAGACAUUGAAAUGCAUACGGUCUCGACAGCACAACAAUGGACAUACGACCCUGAGAACCUCGAGCCCUUACAGCCUCGCUCCACAAACGUCCCAGCCAAGAAGCCAAAGGACAAAAAUAUGAAACAAAAGGCACACGUUACAGAACCGGAGGCAAGAUACCCUUGGUUGGCCAAUCUUCUGGAUGCUGAUAGGAACCCCCCUGGUCAUCCUGACUAUGAUCCUCGAAGCAUAUACAUCCCGCCACUAGCUUGGACCAAAUUUUCUGCGUUCGAGAAGCAGUACUGGGAGAUCAAGCAAAAGUUCUGGGACACCAUCGUGUUCUUCAAGAAGGGCAAGUUCUACGAGCUUUACGAGAACGACGCCACCAUUGGACAUCAACUCUUCGACCUUAAGCUCACAGAUAGAGUCAAUAUGAGAAUGGUCGGCGUCCCUGAAGCUUCCUUAGACACUUGGGCCAAUCAAUUCGUCGCAAAAGGUUUCAAGAUUGCAAGAGUAGAUCAGAUGGAAUCCGCUCUAGCAAAAGAGAUGCGCGAGAGAGGCGGAGAGAAGGCGGCCAAGGCGGACAAGAUUAUCAGGCGAGAGCUUGCUGCUGUGCUCACAGCCGGAACUUUGGUAGAUGGUGGCAUGCUUCAAGAUGACAUGGCGACCUUUUGCGUCGCCGUGAAGGAGAGCGAAAAGGAUGGCCUGCCUGUCUUCGGCAUUGCGUUUGUCGACACCGCCACGGCGCAGUUCCAGUUGUGCGAAUUCGUUGACGAUGCCGACAUGACAAAGUUCGAGACCUUCGUCGCCCAAACCCGCCCUGGAGAGCUCUUGUUAGAGAAAUCCUGCAUCUCUGCUCGAGCUCUGAGAAUUCUCAAGAACAACACCACUCCAACCACGCUCUGGAACUAUCUAAAGCCAGAAAAGGAGUUCUGGUCUGCUGAUAUUACAUCUCGCGAAAUUGACGCCAGCGAGUACUUUGUCUCGCCUGACCGAGAAAACAUCGAAGCGUGGCCGCAAGUACUUCGCGAGGCAAGAGAGAAAGAAUACGUUAUGUCUGCAUUUGGCGCACUUCUACAGUACCUCAGACUUCUUAAAAUAGAGAGAGACCUGGUCACCCUAGGGAAUUUCGCUUGGUAUGAUCCUAUCAGAAAGGCGACAAGCCUCGUUCUCGACGGCCAAAGUCUCAUCAACCUCGAGAUCUUCGCCAAUACCUUCGACGGCUCCACGAAUGGGACUUUGUUCUCAAUGUUGAAUCGUUGCAUCACUCCAUUUGGGAAGCGAAUGCUCAGGAACUGGGUGUGCCAUCCUCUGGCAGACUCAGUCAAGAUCAAUGCUCGCCUGGAUGCUGUUGACGCUUUAAACGCGGACUCCACGGUCAUGGAACGCUUCACUUCCUCCCUUACCAAGCUGCCCGAUCUAGAACGACUGAUUUCACGCGUGCAUGCUGGGCGAUGCAAAGCUCAAGACUUUCUUAAAGUCGUGGAAGGCUUCGAACAAAUUGAGUACACCAUGACUCUUUUGAGUUCAUUUGGGGAAGGAGAUGGCGUCAUUGGCCAACUCAUAUCCUCAAUGCCCAAUCUGGCUGGUACACUCAAGAAGUGGAAGUCUGCUUUUGAUCGGGAAAAGGCGAAGUCAGAGGGUGUUCUCGUUCCGGAACCAGGCGUCGAAGAAGAUUUCGACGACAGCCAACAGGCGAUUGAUGAAUGCCAGGCCGACCUUGAGAAGCUCCUGAAAAAGGCCAGACGUGAUCUGAACUCCACUGCCAUCAUCUUCAAAGACAAUGGGAAGGAGAUCUACCAGUUGGAGGUCCCUAACAAAAUCAAAGGGAUCCCGAAGGACUGGGACCAAAUGUCUGCCACGGCGAAAGUCAAGCGCUACUACAGUCCCGAGCUCCGGAAGCUCGUUCGUGCUCUUCAGGAAGCCCAAGAAACCCACGGCCAGAUUGUACGAGAUGUUGCUUCACGUUUCUAUGCUCGAUUCGACGAGGACUAUGCUACUUGGCUUGCUGCUAUCAAGAUCGUUGCUCAAUUAGACUGUUUGAUCAGUCUCGCAAGAGCUUCCGCCUCGCUAGGUGAGCCAUCGUGCAGACCCGUCUUCUCGAAUGACAAGAGAACUGUUGUCGAGUUCGAAGAGCUACGCCAUCCAUGCAUGUUAACGAGCGUGACGGACUUCAUUCCAAACGAUAUCAAGCUAGGAGGGGAUACCGCAAAUAUCGACUUGCUCACUGGUGCCAACGCCGCCGGCAAGUCGACAAUCCUAAGAAUGACCUGCAUCGCCGUCAUCCUCGCCCAAAUCGGCUGCUACCUCCCCGCCACCUCGGCCCGCCUGACCCCCAUCGACCGCAUCAUGUCCCGCCUGGGCGCCAACGACAACAUCUUCGCCGCCCAGUCGACCUUCUUCGUCGAGCUCGCCGAGACCCAGAAGAUCCUCUCCGAAGCGACUCCCCGCUCUCUCGUCAUCCUCGACGAGCUCGGCCGCGGCACCUCAUCCUACGACGGCGUCGCUGUUGCUCAGGCCGUCCUCCACGACAUCGCUACCCGCGUCGGCUGCGUUGGGUUCUUCGCUACCCAUUACCGCAGUCUUGCGAGGGAGUUUGAGAUGCAUCCCGAGAUUCGCGCGAAGCGUAUGCGCAUUCGCGUUAAUGAGGAAGACCGCAACAUCACGUUCUUGUAUAAGCUGGAAGAUGGCGUUGCCGAGGGGAGUUUCGGGAUGCAUUGCGCGGCUAUGUGUGGGAUCCCGAGUAAGGUCGUUGAGGCUGCUGAGCAGGCUGCGAAGGCGUGGGAGCACACAAGUCGCCUCGGGGAGCGCAUGGAAGUGCAAAGAGGAGAGGGAAGGGUGUUUCUACCCUUGGGCGUGCAGAGUGAUGUCGCAUGGACGCUGAGGGAGGGGUUGGAGGGCGUUGGGGAGGGGACGUUGGAGGUUCUGAGGAGGGCGAUUGAGGGGUUGUAGGUUUGUGCGGAAAACAGGAGGAUGUAGUGGAGAUUGUGAGCGAGUCGUGUGCGGGUAAUGUGGAGAAGUAUGUUUCUGGGUGUCGGCUGGGGGGAUGGCGUCCUGAGAGAGUAUGCUGUAUAAUAGGCCACAGAGUCUUGAUCAAGGUCUCGCAAUAAUUUUAGAGCGAUUAGCGGGGAAGGUAUUAACUAGGAUUCUCUUUCAUCAUGGC